AUGCCUGUCCUCGCACAAAAUCCUCAUAAGGAUAAAGUUCAAUUGUCAUCGUUAAGCAUGCUUGACAUCGUGAAUUAUUUCAAUACACGACCUGGACCUGUGCCACAGCCCAAAGUUGGCUUUAAUACUGAUGAAGUUAAUUGUGUUCCACAUUUUGAUCCUGGCCUUUUCUCAUUGAGUAUUCUAUCCACAUGUGAUGGUCUUCAACUGAACGAUCUCCGGCAAGAUCAAUGGGUUGAUGGACCAAAUGAUUGUGAAGAUGGACAGCGUUCUAUUGGAGUGAUCUGGUUAGGUGAAGCAGCGAGUAUUAUGACGGGAAAUCAAUUCAAGUGUGGUAUUCAUCGCGUUGUCUACCCUCGCAUACCGCAUCAAGCACGACUAACUGUCUGGCAAGAAGUGUGUACUAAGACUCAAAUAGAUACAUUAUUGAAAUCCAAUGGCGAUCUUGUUCUUAUGUCUGGUAAAGAUGCAAUUUGCAUCGAUACUCUGUCGAAUUCCGUACCACUUCAAGUUCAAUAUGGCGAAGAAUUUUCAAAUGAUCUUAUGAAUCAUGUUGAAAAUGAACAUGAUCUAUCGAAAACGAGAUUGAAUUGUGAUUGUGCCAGGUUGCAGAAUUCGAAUGAUAAUGAUCAAUACACAGAGAAGAAUAGCAAUCUUAAACUACUACCGGGUGGAGCAUCUGUUACGAUGACCAAUCAACCAAACUCUGAACCACUCCAAGUAGAAUCGAAUGGUGAAACAUUGAAUCAUUUUAUGAAACGAGUUGAGAGUGAGCGAGGUCUUUCAAUGAGCAAAUCUGGCAUUGAACAUAUUCAAAUCAGGUUUCCCAUGAGAGUACGCAAAACACCGAAUCAAUCGAACAACAAGUUUUCAUUUUUAUCUAAGCUUUUCAAAUGGUGA